AUGUUGAAGCUCCGCCUUUCGCUGACGGCUACUGCUCGGCCUCCGGUUGCUGCCGUAGGUAAGACUGGGGCUGGGCAGAGGCCCUUACGUCCUGGGCCGGCCAGGGUCUCUUGCUGCACGGAUGACACUGUGGGGCUGUGGGGCUGGAUAGGGGAGGACGCUGAGGCCUGCGGCGAGUCGCAUGGGCGCAAAUGCGAAGACCACGCGGCCUCUGUCCGGGAGAACGACCGAGCCUUGGCAGGAAGCCGAGGGAGGGGCACUGGACCUUUUACUCUCUGCGCUUCCAAGAAUGUGUACCCCGGGGCAUUCGGGCGUGCGAUCUUUGCGGAGCAGGUGCGGGUGUCUCUAGAGCCCGCUACGCCUAUGUAGCUUUUCCUGCGGGAAGUGGAUGUGUCCCCCGCUCAUGGAGGAAGCAGACCCAAAAUGUUCGGAGCCCCCAUGGGCGCCUGGGUCAGGAAGCCCGUGCGCAUCUCCGGACGCACUUGCAAGCACUUUAGAAGCCUGAUCGUGUUGUAAAUGCGCUGUCAGAGUUGUGUAGGGAUCUGGAGGUCAUGUCUCACGGGGUCGCCAGGGAGAUGGCACUUAAGCAGAACUUGGAGGGCAUUCGAGGUUGCGGGAAUAAUGAUAACUAACAUUUGUGUAUCAUGGCCGGCAGUGUUCCAAGUAUGUGAAUUAACUUACCUAGUCCCAGGAACAGCCCUAUCAGGUAGAUCAUAUUAAUAGGCCCAUUUUGUAGAUGGGGAAAUAAGGCAUAGAAAGAUGACAUAGGAGUUCCUGCUGUGGCAGUGGGUUAAAGGAUCCCUCUUGCCUCAUCUGCUACUGGGGUUCAAUCCCUGGCCUGGGAACUUACAUAUGCUGAGAGUGUGGCCAUAAAAAAAAAAAAAAAAAAAAGAGCUAUGAGGUAGUUUGCCCAAAAUCACUACCACUACCAAGUACUACGACUUAGUAGUACCUGGUGAAGCCAGAAUCUGAACCUGAAGGGUUUGGCUCCACAACCUACCUGGUCCCAAACCGUUAUACCAUGGCACCCAGUAGAAACAUACAAGCUAUCCUAGAAUUAUGUACAUAAUUGUGUUUGACUAAAUUAAAGUAAUAGAAAACAAGGCCAGAAAAAUAGUCUGGGACCGUUGAAGACAAUUUUAAGAGCCAGGGUGAGGUGUUUAGAGCUCAUGCAUGCUGUCGGUUUUUCCCUAGGGUGGAUUAAAAAUUGAUCUAUGGGAAAGCCAUGUGAAUAUUUGUGAAGGAAAAGAAAUUAUGUUUAGUACACAGUUUAAAUGUGAUCCCAGUAUAUAUAGAGCCUUAU